AUGAGGAAGCUGAAACUUACUGUUUACAUGGUUCAUCUCUCUCUCACUUUGAAUACUUUGAUGUGUACCGGUGAACAACAACCUUUACGGUUAAACCCAGUGGAGGUUGGUGAAGUUAUUGCUGCGGUUUGCUCAGAACCAUCUUCAUCAACAGCUAAUCUCAUGACAGUCUCAUCUAAAUUCAGUAAUAAUAGUAGAAAGCCAUCAAUGGAUGUGGCUGUGAGCGUUCUCGUCAAACUUGUAAUUGACAUGUAUGUUUUGGAUUCUGGGACUGCUGCUCCUCUCACUUUAUCCAUGCUUGAGGAAAUGCUUAAUUCUCCAAGAUUGGUCUCAAAAGCCCGGGCUUUUGAUUUAAUCUUAAAUCUUGGGGUUCAUGCUCAUUUAUUGGAGCCACUAGUACCUGGUGAUGGAUCCACUAUUGAAGAAGAGUAUUCUCAGGAUCCAUACUUUGACAAUGAAGUGCAACUUGCCACCCAAGGAAAGAGAAAACCAGAUUAUUUUAAGAAGAUGGGAAAUUCCUCAGCUAUUGAAAAUUUCGAGAUUUGGAUUUUGAGCAUUCUGUAUGUGAUUCUUCUUCAUCUUGUUCAGAACUUCACAAUGGUGUUCUCUGUUACUGUGUCUGAAUUGAUGAAGGAACAUUUUCUACAUGGUGAGGUGCACGUUUCAACCUAUUCUUCAUACCCAGGAUACUCUAUGCUUGGAGGCUUUAAGGAAGCAGCAAUUUCUAACUGCACUCUUAUGAUGGAAGAGAAGGAAGAAUCUGUAUGGGCUUCUGCCCUGAGCUGUUUACUUUAUUUUGUCUGUGAUAGACGACAAAUUCGGAGGAGCAGGUUAAAAGGUCUUGACAUAAGAGUGAGUGAUCGUUUUUCUUUGCUUCGUUGUGAUUACGCCUGCUUCUGUGAUUUGUAUGCUCCUCAUAAAUGGCAGUUAGUAGAAUGGAAUAUGUUUACACCUGCUGUAAAACUGGGUGAAGAAUCUUUAGAAAGAGAAAACAAAAAUGAUGGAGAGAUAAAGGCUUUUUUGGGGCCUGGUUCUUAUGUAUCCUUUGUUAUCAUGGUUAUUAAGAUGCUUGUACAGAUCAGCAGGAGGAAUUCCUGGGCAGAAUUACUUCACUGCAAACUUAUUUGCAUGUUGACGAACAUGUUUUAUCAAGUUCCUGAUGGGUCUGCUGAAGCUGUUUCAAAUACCCCAUUGUUUCUUGUUGAGCAGGUGCAAGCAAUUGCGGCUCUUACUUAUGUGGAUUUACACGGGGUGGCAUGGAUGUGCCUCCUAUUAGAGAGAUGCAUAGCUAUCGGGGUUUCUGAAUAUAGUGAUGAUGAGAUUCGACCUAUUGCAAUCUUGCUCAGUCUUGCAGAUGCACCUGAAGCUUUACACAUUUCUGUGAAGCUUGGCGUGGAAGGCAUUGGUGAGCUUUUGAGAAGAUCAAUUUCUGCUGCAUUGUCCAGAUAUCCCAAUAGUGAUCAACUAAACAUGUUUAAACGUUCAUCUAGCAAAGGUAGAAAGAAGAAAAACCCAUCUCAAUCCCUUGUGGUUGAUGUGACUGACAGUAGCAUACUUGCAUGUACUUUGUUUAUUACUGUGGACCCAGCCAAGGCUGGUAGUAGGCUUCAUCCUAGGAAGAUACCUGAGACUUGGGCUUCAACUUCAAUCUUGGCCAGUACUAUGUAUAGCCCAUCUGAUUAUUGGGUCUUGCUUUGCUGA